GCAGGGGGCGGCCCCGACGCGCCUCGCCAGCCGUGGCAACGUCAGGCAGCCGCUGGUGAUUUGCUAGCCGCGCCGCCGAGCGCAGCUAGAGAGCCUGAGAGCGGGCGCUGCGAACUCGCCUGACGCGCCGGCGAUGCUGUUCCUCCGGCCGCCGCCGCCUCCGCUCCUCCGCCACUGCCGCCUCCUCCUGCCUCCUCCGCCGCCGCUGCUUCUUUAGCAGCCCGCAAGAGUUCCGCGGUGCAGAGCCCGCUCCAGAUCGUGCAGUGGAAAGACUCCCUAAUGCCUAGACCCCGGGAGUGCCAUGGAUUUGACUAAGAUGGGUAUGAUACAGCUCCAGAACCCCAGCCACGCCACCGGCCUCCUGCAGAAAGCCAACCAGAUGCGCUUGGCUGGGACCUUGUGCGAUGUGGUGAUCUUGGUGGACAGCCAAGAGUUCCAUGCCCACCGGACAGUGCUGGCUUGCACCAGCAAAAUGUUCGAGAUCCUCUUCCACCGCAACAGUCAGCAUUACACCUUGGACUUCCUCUCGCCAAAGACAUUCCAGCAGAUCCUGGAGUACGCCUACACGGCGACCUUGCAAGCUAAAGUCGAAGACCUGGAUGACCUUCUCUAUGCUGCUGAGAUCCUGGAGAUUGAAUACCUAGAGGAGCAGUGCUUGAAGAUCUUGGAGACCAUUCAGGCAUCAGAAGACAAUGACGCCGAGGUCAACAUGGCUGAUGGCAGCACCGAAGAGGAAGAAGACCGGAAGUCAAAGUACAUUAAAAACAUACUCAUCUCCAAGCAUUCCAGUGAAGAGAGUGGCUACUCCAGCCUGGCCAGCCAGAGCCUGAUGGUGGAGCAGAGCCCCUCGGUCUCCACCUCCUUUGGACUCUCAGCCAUGAGCCCCACCAAGGCCGCCGUUGACAGCCUCAUGUCCAUCGGCCAGUCCUUGCUGCAAGGGGCGCUGCAGCACAGCGGCCCCGAAGACUUGCACUCUGCCGGUGGCCGCCACCCGAACCUGUCCGAGGUGAAGACGGAAGCGAUGCAGGUGGAGGAGGCCUCCAGCCACGAGAGCCCACGGACGGCUGACAUGAGCGCUUCCAUGGGGGACAAAGGCGAUGACAAGAGCAAGCAGGGGCCCGGCACCCCCACGCGCAGCAGCGUCAUCACAAGUGCCCGCGAACUUCACUACCCCCGUGACGAGAAUGCUGAUCAGUCCUUGGAGGUGGUCCAAGGCCCACCGGCUGGGCCAGAUCUCAUGGUUUCCCACAGCGACAAGACGAUGGGCAUCUACCCCGUGCUACCCAAUCACAAAGGCGACUCCAUGCUGAGCAUCCCGUCCUCCAUGGCACCCGCUCUGCACGUUCAGCCGGCUCUCGCGGUGUCUAUGGACUUUAGCGCCUACGGGGGGCUCCUCCCACAAGGCUUCAUCCAGAGAGAGCUGUUCAGCAAGCUCGGGGAACUGGCUGUGGGUAUAAAAACUGAGAACCGAGUCAUUGGUGAACAGUGCAGCGUCUGUGGGGCAGAGCUUCCAGAUAACGAGACAGUAGAGCAACACAGGAAACUGCACAGUGGAAUGAAGACUUAUGGGUGUGAAUUGUGCGGGAAAAGAUUCCUUGACAGCCUGCGGCUCCGGAUGCACUUAUUGGCUCAUUCAGCGGGUGCCAAAGCCUUUGUCUGCGACCACUGCGGAGCUCAGUUCUCAAAAGAAGAUGCCCUAGAGACCCACAGGCAGACCCACACUGGCUCGGACAUGGCCGUCUUCUGCCUGCUCUGUGGGAAACGAUUCCAGACCCAGACCGCCCUGCAGCAGCACAUGGAGGUGCAUGCCGGAGUGCGCAGCUACAUUUGCAGCGAGUGCAACCGCACCUUCCCCAGCCACACAGCCCUCAAGAGGCACCUGCGGUCCCAUACAGGUGACCACCCAUACGAGUGCGAGUUUUGUGGCAGCUGCUUCCGGGACGAGAGCACUCUGAAGGGCCACAAGCGCAUCCACACUGGAGAGAAGCCCUACGAAUGCAACGGCUGUGGCAAGAAGUUCAGCCUCAAGCAUCAGCUGGAGACCCACUACAGGGUCCACACAGGUGAGAAGCCCUUUGAGUGCAAGCUCUGCCACCAGCGGUCCCGAGACUACUCUGCCAUGAUCAAGCACCUCAGGACCCACAACGGAGCCUCCCCGUAUCAGUGCACGAUCUGCCUGGAGUACUGCCCGAGUCUUUCUGCCAUGCAGAAGCACAUGAAAGGCCACAAGCCGGAAGAUAUCCCCACCGACUGGAGGAUAGAGAAGACCUAUCUGUACCUUUGCUAUGUCUAACAGGACAAGAGGAGGGAUGGAGGGAUGAAGCUGGGAAGGACUGGGCAAAAACCAACCACCCCCCUAAGUGGUCUCUGGCCUCCCUUCUCUCCCUUUCCCUUCUUCUUUUUUUCUCUCCCCAAUCCCACCCCACCCAGUUCUGUUUCUGUCCUUCCUAGCUCAUGAGGGUCCUUGUUGCAAUCGCAGCGGGAGUAAGAGAAGGAGGAGUGAAACUCUUUGGAGUUCCCUGGCCAAAACCCACAAGAGGCUAACAACAACAACAACAAAAAGCCCACCCCUCUCUCAGCCCAGCCCUAGCCAUGUCUUCAGUUGCCUCAUGUGUGUCUCUGUCUCUCCAUGCACAUAAAGGGCCUAAAGGUUGCAGCCUCUUCUACUCCUUAGUUGGGCGGUUGCAUUUCACCGAGGCCUCAUUCAUGUUGUAAACUGAAACCAAGUCCUCACUCCUGCGUUGCCGUCCUGAUUUUCCCCAAGGAACCCUGGGAACUGCAGUCUUAUGAGACCUUUGAGGAUUCUCUGUUAGGUAUAUUGUGACCUCAUUUAGAUGCAGAUCCCUAGCACCCCACAAUCCUUGGGGAGAAGGACACCAGUCAGGACAGGCUUCAGUUUACAGUGUCAACAUUCCCUAGAAGCUGCUCUUCACCUGCUUUCCCCAUCCCAUCCCUUUGGCAGGUGACUCGACCUCCCGGUCCAUUCUCUUUGGAUUAGGAGUGUUGCCAGAGGUUGAGGGGGCACCAAUGAAGUGGUGUGGGAUUGGAGAGGUGUGCCACAGAAGGUGCGGGGGGGGGGGUGAAAGCUUCAGAUGGUUUGUGGAGCAUUGUGCUCUGCUUUCCUCAGUCUUGAGGGCCUUGCAGGGCAGAAGGGGUGGGAGUGCUGAGUGUUUGUGUCUGGCCGUACCCAAGGGGGAGGGUAGGACUGUUCUUACUUUGCUCUUCAGAGUGGGGAGUGGGGAGUGGAGAGGGCAAGGGAAGUCCUGAGGUGCCUGCAUAUCACAUUGUCACUAUUUCCCCUAUAGACACCCCUCCCUGUGCUUCCAUUUUGGGCCUAUCGUUUGCAUCAUGGCUGUGCUCCUGAGGCAAAAUCCAGAUUUUCCCACAGAGCAUGACUAAGGUCAAGUUGAGUUUACAAGAGCACACAACUCACCUGUAGACCAUCCCUUCUAGGUCACAAUGCUUUCUCCUGACCAAAGACCAUUCUAUGCAUUCUUUUAAAUUUAAUUUAAUGUUUUCUUUUGAGUGGGAGUGGGAGAGGGGUUCGGGUGAGAGAAACCAGUUAGGAACAGCAUAAUUUUGCACAUUUCUUAAUAUGAGUGAUCAGCCUUCUCGGAGGAGCCUUUCAGAAGAGGCUGGUGGGAGACGCAAUGGCUUCCAGGAACAAGCACUCUGAUCUGAUGACCCUGGGAUUUAGGAGAGGGGUCUGUUGUACACAGAAUUUCCCCAUUUACUUCCGUGAAGGGGCAAGGUCCAUGCACACAUUCUUUUGUGAACAUGGGACCAGCCCCAUCAUUGAACUAAAAGAUGAGGCUGACAUUUGCAUUAUUGGUGGGCACGAGGAAGCCUAGGGCCUUAGUAGCUAUCCAGCCAUAAUACCAAUUCUUAGCAAUGGGGCACUCUGCAUUUGCAGAGUCUUACCUUCCAUAGCCAAUAAUAGUGCCCAGUUGCCAUGCCUAGUUUACUGAAUUGGGAUUGCAAUUUCCUGCAGUGUCCAAGGGGACUUCAUGGGCUCAUGUGCAUGAGUCGCCCCUCUUAGGGCUGAAUGGGCAUCAAAGGCACAUGCUUCCCCCAACCCACCAUUGCCAGCCUUCAUACUAUCUGCACAAAAGUUGGGGAGGAACUGCUGGCCCAGCGAGGCAAGUGCAGUCUGCCUAGAGCAACCACGGAGGCACUUUGCAUUCUUACUACAGUAGGUCAACAGAGAGAUAACCCAUCCUCCGUGGCAUAGCGUGGAGGGGCAGGGGGCCGUGGCCACAGGUGCAAAUUUCUGAGGGGGUGCAACAAGGUUCCCCCACAACAGGCUCCUUCAUAAAAGCUGGAGCUGCAGGGAGACAAUCCAUUCCCAGGUCCUUUGGGGCUGGGGCAGUGCCGGGGCCUUCUUCACCUCUUGGCCAGCAAAGGGAUGCCCAGGAGUGUCCCACCCCUGGGCCAACCAAGAGGGAAAGAGUGGAGGUCAGUGAUGCCACCCAUCGAGGAGGGAGGGAGGAAGAGAAAGGCACGAAAGCACUGACGGAGCCACAUGUAUGGUCCACAACGCCUUGCUGCAAGGGAGAGUGAGGAGACACAGUUUCGUGUUUCUCUGCCUUAUCCCUGCUCCCAGGUUGGAGCUAGUUUGCAAGGAGAGACUCCCUUGAUUAGAUGCUGGACGGUAAAGGGACUGAUCGCUGUCCAGUCCACUGGGGAAAUGCAACACUUGCUUAUCCUGCCCUGGGCACCGGCAACCCAUGCUACACCCUUGCCUAUCCUGGUAGGUCAGGCCAAAGGGUGAAAAGCACAGAUUGAGCCUCUAUCUCUUGUGGAAUUUGGGAGGGAAAUGUUGACUGUAAGCAGUGUGUGUGUGUGGUAGGGUUCAACCCCCCCCUUCCUGAAACCCCCCAGUGAGGACUUUGCUUGGAGUUACAUUAGCUGCGGUGGGCCAGCUAGUUGUUGUCCAUGGGAAGGACCUGUCCUAUGAGUUGCCUGCCACCUUCUUAGAGCAGGGAGCAGGGAGCCUACAGCUUUCCAGAUGUUGCUGGACUACAGCUCCCAGCAGCCAGCAUGGCCAACUGCAAAGGAUGAUGGAUAUUGUAGUUCAGCAAUAUCUGAAAGCUUGUCUUGGGGUGCUGCGCCCCUCCCUCUUUUUCCGACUUCCUUAGUUCUCCUGCAUCUCAUACUUCCUGCUACAAUCCGGGCAGCGAUCUUGAAUUCUUCCUUGUCCCUCUUGACAAGGUGCCCUAAGUACAAGUGAGGCCCACUUCCUCCUUCUGUCCACCCCCCCACCCAGGCGAUAGCUUUUGAAACAUGCCCGCCCCCACCCACCCUCCAAUUCUCCUGCCCAAUCCUCUGUCUCUGAAGGAGUCGAAUGGGAAAGGGUUGUUGUUUUUGCUUUCCUUUGUCUUUGCUUUCUUAAUUUUAUGUUACGUUUAAUGAUUUCUGCAUUUAGCACAUUGUACUUGAAAUUACCUCAGUUUCUUGUGACCUCAUGAGCUUGUUUGCAUUGGCUUUUUUUGCGGGGGAGGGGGGAGAGAAGUGUUUUAGGUUGAUUGCUGAAAGGUCUGCAUCACGGCGCCUGCAGAGAGAGCAUUUGCGUGAUGCGCCAAAGUGCCACAGCACAGCCACAAAAGCGCCGUGGCAGUUGGUUCCCACGUCAGCCUUAUUUUUAUUUUAUCAUGUAUUAUUAUUACCAAAAUUGGUGUUUUGUUUUAAUGGCCCACCUGAUGGAAAGCGGGUCGUAUUAUCUUGAAAGCUACCUCUUUUAAAUUGGGGAGGGGGGGGUUGGUGAGAGGGUUUUUUUUUCGCAGUAACGGAAGCACAUUUUUGCAAUAUUUGUGGUUUUUUUGUUAAGUUCUUUUCUUUUCUUUUCGCUUUGUGAUGUUCAUUUCAAUUUUCAUCUCAUGCUUUAUAUUUUGCCAGUGUAAAUUUUAUUCUGUAAUUUAGCUUCAUUUUAUAUAUGGGGGAAAGAAAGUUUUUGGGGAGCCUUGCAUAGAUGGAAGAAAAGGGAAUUUUAACGGAGUGUCUCAGUACUGCUGUCCACUAAACACCCCCCCGCCCCGCCCCUCUGAUCUUGUCUCAACUGUUGGUUAAAUACUGAAGGCCUUAAACUGGGUUGGGGGGAGGGAAGGAGGGAGGGAGGGGGAGUAAUAAGAGGAGAGAGAAUAUGUGUCAUUGUAACACUCGAGAGAGUUUUGACAGUUUAGUGAAAAAGUUAGCGAUUUGGUAAAGGAAGAAAAACAAACAGUUAAACUUGAAUAUGUGAAUAGCUAAGUAGAGUUUUGUUUAUAAUGUGAAAAAAAUGACGUCAUUUAAGGCAGACCCUUUAAAGAGAAAUAUGCAGUAAAUGUACCAAUGUCACAUUUUGCCAGAGAUGGCCAUAAGGUUGUGUCUAUGUGCUCCCAACAUUAUUGGGCUAUUGAUGGUGUUGUUGUUGUUUUCUUUAUUAAAAAAAAAAGGGGGGGUUGCUCGUUUGAGGAGCCUUUGCCCUUCCGCCCCACCCGCCCACCAAGCUGAAAUUGUUGGACUGAUGACAUUAUUUGCAGAGUGUAAUAUUUUUGUAACAUUUGUUAGUCCCUGUGUCAGUUUUAAGCAGAAUGAUGUUCUCUCUCUGACCCCGCUCCUUUUGUAAUGUGAACAGGAAUCUGUAUGCCUGUGUGUGUGUGUGAGCCCUAGUAUUAAAUAAUAGCAGUAUUGUUGUAAUCUAGCAUCACAUAGGAUGGUACUAAAUCAGGGUGAAAUCGCAGCUUCCUAAGCGCACUUUGGGAAAUGCAUUUAACCUCCUGGUCAACCUCUGUGUGGGCCUUUCUGCGUCCAGAAAUGUGGCCUUGAGGUAAGCAGGGAGGCAGGGGCAAUACUUGCUGUUUCCGAUGGAGGCAUCCUUACCGGAAAUGCCCGUUUUCACUGCAACUCCCCUUCCCGCUUCUGCAGGAAGAUGCCAUUUCCCUCUGAAUAUUUUGGUUGUUUGCAAGGCGUAUGCCUCAUUAUGAAUGUCGAUGGGAAUGUGGGCGAAGUUGUUUUUGAUCAGUGAACACAACACAAUCCAGAAAAUUGCCAGGUUGGGGGGGAUGGGGAAGCAUGUUGUUGACUUGAUCUAAAAGUUAGGAUCGCACAAACCAGAUCUGAAUUUAGAAGGGAAAGGGAUCCCCCAACUUCAAAGCACCAGCAGUUUUUGCGAGGUGCUCUGUAGAGUGGCCUGUUCGCUGUGUUCCAUUUGCCACGCAAAUAACCCCCACUUAAACUGCCAUUUUUAGCACACUUUAUGGUACUCUGGGUUACAAAUGCCUUACACAAUUUUCCUUCAAACUUUGCCCACCCGCCAUAUGGAAAUUCACAAUUCUGGCUGUCCUGCGUAACACUUUUAUUUUUUUGCAAGCAUAUUGCUUUGGGAAUAAACUUUUUUAAAAAAACAGAAAGCAUUUUCAGAUGCAUUGUAUACAGUACAUACAUGUGCGAGUGUGCAUUUUCUGCAUGUCUGUGUGAGAAAGAAAAAGAUAACUUUUUUCCUUUUGUAUUGUUUUUGCUGCUUUGUGGCGGAGGGAGCAAGACAGGCACUGAUUUAGUAUCCUCGACACAACUUUGGGAAGAUGGCUUGUUUUAUCUUUGUGCCUGGUUAAAAAAAAAAAAGGAAAGGAUUUUUUUUUCACAUUUAAAAGAGGGGGAAAUUGCUGCAAUGCCUGCUCAGUUAUUUGGUACCCUGGGGAAAUGGACUUUGUUGCAAAGGGGAUGUCGUGGUAUGCUCUAAUGUCCUUUAUUUGAGUUUUUUUUUUCUCAUAUGCCCCUUUCCCCCCGCUUCCAAGCUCCCGGCUUCCUGUAGGUUUCAGCGCUUAAAAAAACCCUGAAGUUGCUUCUUCUUGUUCCAGAAUGCCACCAUGGUAAAUAAUGUGCUCUGUUGUACUAAUAGAGGCAACAACUUGUCAGCCACCUUUCCCAUUAGCGUUCACUCCAAUUGUUCUACAAGUCUUCUGCUACACCCACCCACCAGCCCCUUCUCCCUGAAAGCUUGCUCUUCUGUUGCGGUGUGAGGUUCUCUCGCUCAAUCGCCCGCCAUCCUGAGCUGUAGGGUGGGGAUAGAGAAAGAAUCCGAGGGCUCAUCCAUACUGCCAUUCAGUGUGGACAGGAAGCGCAUCAUGUGUUUCCAUUCCUUCUCUCUUGCCCCAUAUGACGUUCUCCUCCUCCUUCCAACGUUCUCCCCUCCUUCGAUCUGGAUUUUCCCACACAAUGACAGGAGAUAGGUAUGAGAGAACCUGGACCAAGGGAGAGCCAAGUCUUGGAAGGUAGUGAUUUGGAGGAGAACGUCACGUGGGCAAUGGAUAAUUAAUGGAGGCAGAGGAAGCUUACCGUCCAUAUUAAACAAGGGUCUGGAUGAGUCUCCCGAUCUUGCCUGGGCCUGGAGAACUUCCUCACUCACAUUUGCUCCCCCUGCUGCCAUGACAUCCCUGGGCACCCUAGGGUGCCAAUAUCUGGGCGUGUGUCUUGGUGUUUGUUUUACAUAGUGUUAAAAGUAUGCAUGAUCUUUCGAGGCUAAGAAGCCAUGCUAUGUCUCCAUGACGUUUUAUGUUCAUAAAAUAUAUAUAUAUAUAUAAAUAUAUAUUAUAGCACUGAGGACCAAUUGUUGUCCUUCUGGACCAAGCAAAUUUAAAGCUUAUUAUUAAUUUUUGUUUGUUUGUUUUCGUUUUGUUUUUUUGCUUGUCUCUUAACGUUGUGACAGCACAAGUGCCAGUUUGAUUGCUUCGUAUUAAAAAAAAAAGAAUAAAUAGUGUUUUUAAUUGCUGUCCUGGCUCCGUCUACCUCAGCACCUCCUGUUAGCCUAACUUUAGAAGGUGCCCAUUUGUUUUUUGUUUUUUUUAUUGUUGUUGCUAUUGUUAUGUUUCGAUUUGGGGUUUCCCACCCCCACCCCUUCCUUCAUUGUGUAUUUUUUUUCCUCUGUACAAAAUAUUCUUCCAUUUGUUCCUUUGCAGUGCUGCUUGUGAGUCUCGUUAUGUGUUCCUCUAGAGUCACAGACGCAUUUAGCUGAAAGAUAACACACACACACACAAACACACACACACACCAUAAAUCAGAUUCCCUCCCCCACCCUGAUUAAAAAGUUGUGAUGUCCCUCCCCCACCUACUAGUUGCCGCUGUCUGCCUCUGCAUCUGUCCUUCUGUGUUGGGUGCAGGUGUGGUCCUUUGUAAAAUCUUCAGUGUUUCUGGCGAGGAAAAAAAAUUAAGAAAAGGUUUAAAAAAAAUUAAAGAAUUUACUGCUGCAGGUUUUUUUCUCUCUCCAUUUGUCACUAAGUGAAGUUUGUGCCUUCUAUAGCAAAGAGAAUAUUUUUUACAUCCUACUAACAGUAGAUUUUUUUGUAGUGGACAUUUUUUGUAUUUUUAUUUAUAAGUCUCAUAAGGAAAAUAGCAAUGUUCAGUUGUAUACCUUGAAUCUGCAGUUAGGAAAAAAAAAACCAAUAAAGUUAAUUCAGUCGUUGA